ACUCAGGGCAGGAAGCAGCAGUUUUCUGGGCUCUUGUUUAAGCUGCCUUUUUUUUGUGAAGAUGAGUGUUGUUUCUAUUUCUACAAGGCAGCUUCUGAGUGACAACGAUGGCUCCAGAGGGGAUGUAAAUAUGAGCUCUGACACAGAGAAGGCGAUUAUCAUCUCUCAUCAAGAGCAAGGCCAUCAGAUUACCAAGCAGCUGCUCUCCUCUCUGCCUCGUCUUCACUCAUUGUCUCUUGGCUCAGUCUGCCCUCCAUCAGAUCAGGUCUUUCUCCAGGCAGCAGCCAUCUUUCAGCAGCUUCGUAGAGAGAAGCCAGUAUCUCAUCAGCUUCUGCAAUAUGAAAAAAAGACAGACACUCUGCCGCUCGUCAGUGGAGACAAGGCCACACAGAAGCAAGCAUACCAGCUCGCCUUUAACACUCUCAAAUACCAAGAUUUACUGGAGGCCAUGAUUACUGACAGCUGCUUUCACACAUCUCAGCAUAUCAACAGCGAUUUGUUGCCGUUGGCGAUGGUGAUGCUGUUUGAUUUCCAGGACAGGAAGUUCCUGCUGCGUCGGGGUCCAACUGAAGGAGAGCAGGAGGCUAUCGCUGAAGUCAGAGACCUGGAAAAAAGCCUACAGAGGUGGAAGACCAAGCUGGCAGCAUCUCUGGCUCGCUUCAGGGUGAAACACAACCUGCGUAGCGUCUCCCGUUUUCUAUCUGUUUCCCUCAGAGCUAAAGAGCACAGGGCCAAAUCCCUACUGCUUUAUGCAUGGGUCAACACUUCACACACCAGUCUUGAUGAGAUGUGUGAAGUGUUACGAAGUGCUAAACUGAGUGAAGUAAAAAACGUGGCUGACCUCACGAAUUCAACAUUUUCCAAGGAUCCCCUCUGUACAGAUACGCUUAUUUUCUCCCAGAGUCUGCGUAUACCUCUUCAGAGCAGCAUCCUCACUAGCACACAUAUGCUGAACAUACAGGACAGAAGUGUGUGUGUGGCGGUUAGCGUGUUACAGCCCCUCCUGUUUGAUAAAAGUGACGUCCUGGUGGUGGGCUCCUUUUCUGCUCUGACUGUGGCUCAUGUAGCUGUUGCAGCCGCUGCUUGCUCGUGCCGCGUGCUGGUGUGCGGCACUGAUCACACAGCCUCACAGACAGAAGAGAUGAAGGAGCUGUUCUCACAGAUGGAUAUCAAAAAUGUCAAAGUCCUGUCAGAAGCUUUCUGCAGUCUGGCUGAGUGGAACAAUGCUGUGCGGAGACUAAAGGUCAUCAUAGUGUUGCCUCAGUGUUCGUCCUCUGCCCUCAAUGACCCGGUCACCACUAUGCACAGUGAACACGGAGACUGGAAUCUACUCCCAGAUUUAUCCCACGGCUCUGUUUCCAAAAGCAAAAUCUUCUCUCUGACCACCCAGCAGGCCCGACUGUUGGCCCACGCUCUGUCCUUUCAAAAGGUGCAGACAGUGGUCUACAGCACACGCUCAGUGUGUCCUGAGGAAAAUGAGCAGCUGGUCAGACAAGUGUUGGACAAAACCCAUACUAACCCCAAACUGCUGCCCUUCAGGGUGAGCGGUCCAAUUUUCCCUAAUGAUUCCACAUCAGGAGAUGAAACAGACUCCAAGUUCUUCAGGCUCCAUCCUUCUCAGUUCACCAAUGGCUGCUUUGUAGCCAGGCUGUCGCGCCAGGCCGAUCCCACUAAGGUAGAACCAGUUCAGGAUGUGCUGGCAAGGGCAGCAGCCAAGGGUCUCCUAGGUGGCAUAAUUUCUGAGCCAUCAACAACUGGUAAAAAGGGCAAAAGCAAGAAGAAACAAGCUUCUUCCACCACCAGCAAACCUUCAUCUCCCUCUAGCCAAGAGGAGCUUGAGGAAUGGGAGGUUGGUGAUGGAGAAGAUCCAGCUCCAACUUCAGAGCAGGACAAGGAGAAAGAGAAAGGAGACUUAAAGGAAGGUGAAGAAAAUGAGGUUGGGGUUGAGGAUGAUAAGACCAGAGUAAAGAAGAAGAAAAAACGAAAAACCAAGAGGAAUCAAAAACAGACCAAAGGUGAUACCACAGGCCUGAAACAUCAACCUAAAGGUCAAAAGAAAGCAAAUAGAAAAGGAAAUCAAUCUCAGCAGAAGACACAGCAAACAAACAGCAAACCAAGGCGAAUACCACGUCUUACACUCACUUUGAUGUCUGCUGAAAAACCCUCCAGACACUUGUCACCAAUCACAGCUCUCGCACACAAGAUCAGCGGCAAACCAGUAAAGCUCCAGGAGAGCUCUUCUUUAGUCCCAGAAAAACAUCUCUCACAUGUUCAGCCUGCUCCUUCUACUUCUCAGACAGCUUCUGAGAGGCAAAACAUCCAACCUGAGGAGGCAGAAAGGACCCUGGAAGAGGAUGUCACUUGUCCUGUGAAUGUCAGGAAAACACAGAGAGCGUUGAAAGCUGCAGAUCACAUCCUGCCUCCAAUUUCUUUCCCGUUUUCAGGAAGCAGCUCUGUUGGUCGGCCGCAGUCUCUGACUUCCAGUUCUCAGUUAGCAUCCUCAUCCUCCGCUUCCCUGCAUGGGAAAGCAUACACACUCUAGUCUUGUUCACACUGUACUCGCUGGGGUGAUCCUGCAGACAGACAUACAGUAUCAUACAGGACACGUUUUUUUCCUACAUGCAAGUACAUGAGGCGACUGUGGCUCAGUAGGAAGAGUAGUCGUCUUGCAAUCAGUAGUAGUAGUAGUCGUCUUGUGGGUUCGAUUCCAGCUUCCUCCUGCCAU